UGUCGAUCGGUACCUCGGGAUGCCGUGCUGCCGUGUUGGCGAAGCUGAGUUAUAUCUUCAACCACUCCGUCAGCUCUCGACCUGAGAUUUGGAUGAUGCUUUUAUUGAUAGUAAAUAACUUUUAAAUGUAUGUUUUUCGGAGAGGAAACUCAAAGUUUCAUCUAGAAUCACAUGCCAUUUACUGAUCAAUGCUCUUCUAGUUAAACCAGACUAAAGUAUCUACCAGGACUUCUCUUCAACCUGCAUACUUCAUACUUCAACCUGUGUGCGGACGUCAUAUGUAACCACACACCCAUCAACUCCUUCUCACACGAAUGGCAUCACUGCCCGUCCACUCCGCCGAAUCUCCUCUGGAGAUGCAGUCACAGAAGAAAAAUGCGCAUCCGAAGAGAAACAUAAUACUCGGUCUCCUAAUCGCCUUAGCAUGCACCUGGAUUCCAUACACAUUUUAUUUUCGCCAAAGCUCUUUUAACGAUGUCAGUUCCAUAGUGGACGAAGGGCCCAAAGAGAUAAUUCACCACGAAUAUGGAACGAAUGCGCAAUUCGCUUUCACAGAUAUGAUACACCUGGUGAAUUUACCUUCCGAUUACCUGCCGCAAACAGGCAAACAUCGGAAACCGAAUCGCUUGAUCAUAGUGGGUGAUGUGCAUGGGAUGAAACAUGCGCUGGUAAGUUUGCUUGCCAAAGUAAAAUUUGAUGAGAAACACGACCAUUUGAUCCUAGCCGGCGAUAUGAUAUCCAAGGGACCUGAUUCUCCAGGUGUGGUCGAUCUCGCUAUGAAACUAGGAGCUACUGCAGUGAGGGGAAAUCAUGAGGACAGGAUUAUUCUCGCACAUGCGGAUAUGGUGGCGCAGCAUAAGGAGGCGGAGAUGGAUGCACCGGGACCGAGCGAAGACCCAGGGAAGGUGAUUGAUGGGUUGGAGGAAGUUAGUUUCAGUCAUGGGGACUAUAAGGAUCGGGCAUUGGUAAGGGAGUUAGGGGAGAAGAGAAUCAAGUGGUUGAAGAAAUGCCCGGUGAUCUUGAGAGUAGGGCAUUUGGAGGGCAUGGAGGAGGUGGUGGUUGUUCAUGCUGGGCUGGCUCCCGGAGUGGAAUUGGAAAGACAAGAUCCAUCCAUGGUGAUGAACAUGAGGACUAUCAUUGAUGGAAUACCGAGCGAUGAAAGAGAUGGGAAACAUUGGAAUAAGGUAGAUUUGUAUUCACAUCAUGUCAUCAUCUUCAUGAAGUAUCACUAACCAGUACAAAAUCACCAGGUCUGGAAUAAAUUUCAGAAGAAACUACCAAAGAAAGAACGCACCACAGUCAUAUACGGUCACGAUUCAAAACGAGGUCUUCAGUUAAAGAAAUACAGCAUGGGUCUAGAUACAGGGUGUUUAAAGGGCGGUAAACUUACAGCUAUGGUUAUUGAAGGUGGAAAUUCUACACCUAAGCAUAAAGUGGUGCAAGUCAAGUGUAAGGAUGGGAGAAAGCAUUAGAAACAAGAGAUUGGUAAAGGUGACGCGAUGAGAGGUUUUGCAUUAGAUACCACUUUGCGGCGUUUGGGAUAUUAUUUGUUUCGAAUGAAGUUAAUGAUGGGCACAUAUUAGGUAAUUACGAGUUGGGCAAUGGUUCUAUCUUGAGUUUUAUGGUGUUAGAUAUGAUCAGUGUUAUUCUGGAAGGGAUCAGGUGAUAUUCCAGCGCAACUGUCAACCAGUUUGCUGCAAAUGAGUAUCAUAUGUGUUAAGAAUGCUUAGACGGCGGGGCAUAGAGUCAAAGCUCACUUGUUUUAAUGCGGUGCCUUCAAUGCAUGAAGAAUAUAGAUUACAUUUAUGA